AUGGCAGGGUCUGCAGGUUCUCCUUGUGGAGCCUGCAAGUUCCUGAGAAGAAAAUGUGUAAGGGGUUGCAUAUUUGCUCCUUAUUUCUGCCAUGAACAAGGUGCUACACAUUUUGCAGCCAUUCACAAGGUUUUUGGGGCAAGCAAUGUAUCGAAAUUGCUUGCUCAACUCCCUGUUAAUGAUCGUUGCAGAGCUGCGGUUACAAUUUCGUAUGAAGCUCAAGCCAGGGUUCAAGAUCCUGUUUACGGCUGUGUUUCCCAUAUAUUUGCUCUCCAACAACAGGUUAUUAAUCUACAAUCACAACUAGCUUCAGCCAAGGAACAAGCUGGUAAAAGCUACUCCACUGGCUCUGAUUAUUCAAUGAACACGAGUUGGCUUCAGUACGCAGACAAUUUCAACAUGACGAAUCAGCAACAUUCCAACUCUUUCGGGAAUAAUGAAAAUUACAUGGUACCAGAAGUACUAAAUAACAUAUAUGGUAGCUUUGGGGAGUCUUCUAAUUCGAUGAGCUCAUUAGAUUUCAUGCAAACAAACAGUGUGCAGUGGAGUUUUAAUCAAGGCUAA